ACCUGCAGACAUGGGGGAACCCGUCUACACAUUAUGAACGUCACAACUAUUCCGCUCUUGCGUCAAUAAACACAAUGAGCUAACAGAGUGCCCACGCCAUAGACGGAAACAAAUACCGAGAUUAAUUUGCCUUAAAGCAAAAAUCAUUGUCUGUCCUAUCAGAACAAUUCAUUUAGUCUUGAAAUAAUGAGUUUUUAUGGAAAAAUCUGAAGAGAAAACACGAGUCCUGCCGUGUCGCGUAGCAGGUGCAGGAAACAACAAAUUUGAAUAAAAGUGACCACGUGACGUCUUUUGGCCAAUCCAUCAAAGGGUAAUUACCGCCUGAGUAUUUUGCCCUUCACUGUGUCGCCAUUACGUUGCACGCAAAGCGGACUAAAGCCGCCCCCGUGGCCGAUUUUAACUCGGAUUUUUACCCUCUUUCUUGGAUCAUACUGCCGAAACGGUCGUGGAAUAUACGAGAGCCAUGUGUCUAGUAUGACUGCCGCAAAUUCGGCGGCGAAUGGUGCCAGUUUGGAAGAUUGUCACACCAACUUGUUCGCCCUGACGGAUCUCUCGGGCAUCAAAUGGCGUAAGUUCAGCUACGAUUGUCCCCAGGAGCCCCUGGGCCCGCUGGAGGACCCGGUCCUGGUGUCCUACUCCCGCUGCAUCGCGGCCAACAUUCUCAGUGUCUGGCGCCGCGUCCCAUUCAUGAACACCGACCUCUUGCUCUCCCUGGAUGUGUCCAUGAAACCGGACCCCAUUUGGACCAAAGAACUCUGGAUAUACUGGUACGGGGACGACCCCAAUUUGGAGGAGAAAAUCUCACCGGAUUUGAAAGAAGUGGAUGAGGGUACCUGGGAUAACGGUCUAUCGUAUGAGUGUCGUACUCUACUCUUCAAGUCCUUACACAACCUCAUUGAGCGGUGCUUGUUGAGUCACAACUAUGUCCACCUUGGCAAGUGGUUUGUUCGGCCCUACGACAGCCUCCCUGCUUCUCCUGACUCGUUUAACGACCACUUGUCCUUUGCCUUCAGUUUCUUCCUUCACGGUGAGAGCACGGUGUGCGCCAAUGUGGAGGUGUCACUCCACCAGCCCGUCUGUCGAUUGUCACUGGAUCAUCUGGCUCUGGCUCAGGGAUCUGCCAGUGGCUUUCAAGUCAUUCUCACCCCAUAUGGUCUGAGUGGCGUACUGACGGGUCAAUCCUACAAGGCAAACCACUCGGUCAGUCGACGGAUUCUGAACGAAUGGCGCCACUUCUACCCCAUCAAGUUCCUAGGGGAGCAGGAGGAGGGCAGGGACACGCCCCCUGAUGAGGAGGGCCAGGAGGAGGGCUUACCGGCUGUGGUCGAUGUCCUUGUCGCCGGGGUGCGCAUGUUGUACCCCACCGCCUACGUCCUGGUACCCCAGAGUGAAGAGAUGGCCCAUGUACCCAUUGCGCCCAUGCCGGGUACCACCUACCUGCCCCCUCCCCCAGUCCAGAAUGCGGGAGCCAGGAUACAUGGCAUCACAGCUGCAGCCAUGUCGUCCAUCUCGCUGACCCCGCCCACUUCCCCGCCGGACCAGCCCAUACCGGGCGAGGCCAAGAUCACCAUGGUGUCAUCAGGGAUGUACCCAAACAAUUCCCCCCAGGACCCUGGGGCUAUGUAUGCUGCUGAGUCGUCGGACCUGUCGCCCCAGACGCUAGUGGGCCGCGUGGCCUGCCGGAUGUGGCGGGAACUGACGGUGCCGGCCGAUACGCCACAGCAGCAGCAGCAGCAGCAACAAGUGGUUGCCGCUCCGCCUGUUGAUCAGAACGCCCUGCCGGCCGAAGACGGCUCCACUGCAACGACAGCGACCACGGAAACCAGGAGCACGGCAACCAACACCACUGUCACGUGGGACUUCAACGACCCCUCCACCAGGGCAAACUGCAGCUGCUCAAGGCAAAAGUCUUUGAAGCAGAAGGGAGGCAUGGCUUUCAGCAAGUCGCAUCCCUCCAGCCACAUGAGCAGCAAGCACUCCAAGUCCGACUCCAAGCAGGACAGGCAACAGCGCACCCAGCGUCCAAUCACGCCCUUCCACCAUCGCAGCGUCACCUGCGAGGAUAUCCUGGCAUUGGAGCAAGAAGCUGUCAACCAGCGACUGGCUGCGCAGAAUGCAGUAACCAGCCUGCCUGCUGCCGCCGCUGCUAACGGCGCUCAACCACAAGCCACGCAGCACGACGGUAAACUCUCCCAGGGCAAGUUCACCCAGCCCAGCCCGGCUGCCUUCCGGCCGGGUGGCCCCUCCGACUCGGUCCUGACCGAAUCGCCGCCGUCUGUGGUCCCCUCGCCCCUGGUGCCGCCACCAGUGAGCGCCAGCAGCGCAAACGAGAGAACUAUGCCCGCACUGAGUCCCUACCCUCCGGCAAGAAGCGGCAGCGAUUCGGGAACUCCCACGACCACCAACGCGCCGGCCGGCUUCUCCCGAUCCGACACCACUCCCACAAACCACGACCACCCGGACGGACUUCCGAUCCCGCCCAUGAUGGGAGGUUCCCAAAUGAUGGACAUUCCCAGGGGGAUGGAGGCUCACAUGAUGGCGGAGCAUCAGAAAGAGGAACGGGAAGAGGACCCGCUGUGGCAGUGUUUUAAACUCCCCAAUGGGUUCGACUAUAAGAGACCCCUGCUGCCGGCUCAGUGUUACGAGUUGGACGAUGCGGACGGCGGAGGUUGGGAUGCACUCUAUGACUUGGACAAUAACAUUGAAGUGUUCUCCCAACCUCAGAAGAAGUUGAAGCCGGAGAGACCGUUGCUGACCAAUCAAGACCUCCUGUCGGGCAACUUCUGCGUGGAUCAGCUGGACUACAAACCCGCGCAUCGUGCCGUGUCGCCGGAGCCCAUCGACCCCUACGAGUUCAUGGAGCAGGACCCCUCCCCAACACAGAGUCGCGUGAUAUCGUGCCGCAGCCGGGGCAAGGACGUGAAGGGCAAACCCAAGGGACUAGCGCCGCGGCGGAACAGCAACCGCAAGGAACGCAAGAAGCUGGAGGAGGAGGCGGCAAGACGGGCCGAGGAGGAGAAGAUGAAACAGGAGCAACAACUCGCCCAGGAGCAAAUGCAGACCAACUCGGUGGACGAAAAGGGUCCUCUCUCGAAUCAGUCAAUGGGUCGGCUGGAUUCCAGUAGUUUCACGCAGGUCAACGACCUGAAGGUCACGUACGAGGAUCUUGACCAGCUGUUCCAGUCUUCGGACGACGACGAUGACGGGGGCCCUUUUGAGGACAAGGCCCAAGGGCCCCCAUCAGAAGAGGCUAAACCUCCGCCAGGGACCACAGGCCCCGUUGGAGGAGCCUACAACUGUCCGACGGAGCUAGCGGUCAUGUUCCCCACGCCGCCCUCCCUGGAGCAACAGAACUCGGCCUUCUCCCCGCUCAACCAGCCCUGCCAGGAGUACCUGAACCACGGCUCGGUGGCCGGCCUGACCCAGAUGGAGCAGAGCAGCCUGGGUGACAUCUCGGAGGUGGAGGUGGAUGACACUAUGGGUAGUCCCAAACCGGACUCAAUAGAGGACUGGAGCUACGUAUAUAAGACGCCGACGAUGGAACGUUUUGUCGGGGCCAGCAUGUACGCACCCCUCAAGUCCUUACCAAGCAGCAAGCUACCUCCCCUCAGAAUACCCGAUAACUGUGUCUACAAGCCCUCAUGGCAGAUUCCACUCUCACCAAAGCCAGAAUUUAUACCUACAACCAAAGAAAGUGCAACGUCCAGCGGUGGUCAACUGAUCAACUCCCCAGCCUCUGCAGCCCUCCCCGUAGGCGUCUACCCUCCUGGCAGUCAAGGACCCAGGAGUGUCGCCAACACGGACAUCGCGCCAUCCCCUGCCUCCGAGGCCUCCUCCUACAUCAAGAACCUCAACUCUCUCGAAUCGGCCUCCUUGGGUGCCAACAUCCCGGAGGCCCACAGCCUGAUGGUCAACGUGGUGCUGUCCGACUCCCAGCUGAACCUCUUCAAGGAUCGGAACUUUGACAGCUGCGUCAUCUGUGCUUGCAACAUGACAAUCCGUGGCGGCGGCGGUGGCAGCAGCGAGGCUUUGCAAGGAGGCGGCGCCUUCGAUUCCUUAGGCCCUUGCAGCUGCGGCUUCAGCGCGGUCAUGAACCGGCGCUACGGCACGGGCAGCGGUCUCUUCGCCGAGGACGAAUCUGAAAUAACGGGCCAGUUCAGCGACGUGGCCCUGUGGGCCUGCCACCGGGACAACCCUAUGCUUGCGGCCGAGUUUGCCCGCAAGGGACCCUUGGCCUUGGAGGGAGGCCUGAGUAGACUGUACACUAAGGACGGGGUGCCUGUGGGCACGGAAACCCUGAGAACUUCCAACGCUCUGUUGCGUUUGAUUCAGGAUCAGUGUAACACACCUUACUCCACGCUGUGUCGGUUAAAUUGCAUUGCCAAGAGGCGGAACGUAAACAGCUCAGGUCAGCUUGCCAGAAGUCAGUUAGAAAUAGAAGAUGGUUGCGAGGUGUGUUUUGCAGCCUUAGAGCAGGGUCGUCAGGUAGCCGAGAACUCCAGCAAUGCUAAGCUGGACGACACGCUGCUCAAGAAUUCAUGCCUACACAGCUGGCCUUAUACCCCAGCAGGUCUGUUCCGCAGCCAGCUGUCCUCCCAGGACAUCGUGCGCACCCUCUCCUCCCUCCAGCCCCUCUUGCAGGACGCUAUCCAGAAGAAGAGGACCACGAGGUUAUGGGAGCGGCCCUACACGGUCCAGGGGCCGCUCACCUGGCAGGUCUUCUUCAACCUGGCAGACAAAGGUUCAUCAGAGUCCCCCGAGCCUCUGCCUAUCCCUCCAUUACUGGUGGGCUAUGAUAGAGACUGGUUGUCGUCAUCACCUUACGCCCUCCACAACUGGGAGAAGCUGUUACUGGAGCCGUACAGCGCUACGCGGGACAUCGCCUACGUCGCCCUCGUGCCCGACAACGACUUCAUUCUCCAGUGUGCAAAGAGUUUCUUCAGGGAAGUCACAGCUGUCUACGAGAGCUGUCGACUUGGGCGGCACGCCCCCAUCGCUAAGACUCAGCGUGAUGGCAUCUUCAGAAUCGGCAGCAAAUACGCCUCCAAGGUUGCGGAGGAGCCGGUGGACGACUGGUUCUCAGAAAUAGCACAUCUGCCAGAAUCAAGCAAGUUAAAGUUGUACGCUCAAGUCUGCAAAGCCUAUGUUGGCCCCUUCUUGAGUCGAGACCCGCCCGACCACACCCUCUUCACCACCUCCCGUCACGACAGAUCAGCCUCCACGUCUUCAUCGUCAACACUGACCAACUCCAAUCUCCCCGGGGGUAACCCCUCGUCCGGUGGCCCCGCCCACAUGGGCGGGGCCAGCCAGGGUAGCAUGGGUGGGAUGGGCAACCAGGGGAGCCUGGGCGGGGACGGGAUGGGAACGCUAGGAGGCGGGGCCGGCUCACAACAGGGUAGCAUGGGUAACAUGCCGGCACCGAGUACCACGGGGCCAUCUGGAACAGGCUCACAGCAGGAUUCCUCCUCCUCAGACAAGCCCGAGGCCAAGGAGAACGAGACGGGCAUCAACAUCGUGGAGGACUCGGACUAUGAGAAGCCUCCCUCCCCGGCCGUGGUGGUCUACAUCGUGGACCCCUUCAGCCAGGAGGAUGACUACGGGGAGCAGUCGGUCUCCAGCCUGGCGCUGCUCAAGAGCUUUGCUGAGAUUCAGAGCCACGUUCAGGGAGACCUGAAGAAGAACCUCAUCCUUCAGAUCAUCCCUCUCCAUCAGAUCCUGCAGGUGGCUAACAGCAACAUGUCCUCACGCCUGCUCAGCCAGAUCAAGUGCCACGCCUUCUCAGUCUUUUCCCAGUGUCGUCGCCACUUGCUGCCUUCCGUCGCGGGUCAGAGCCUGACCGGCUUCGGGCCCGCUGCUGAGCUGGAUCGGCUACUCAGAAGCAACAAGGGUCCUAAGCCGCAGUAUCGCCUGUACUCGCCACCUUACAUCUUGACCCCGCUCAAGGACAAGCAGACGGAGCUUGGCGAGUCCUUUGGUGAGCUGCGGCAGGCUUGCGGUGAGCUGUUCUGCGGCUACUGCCUGUCCCACGAUCAGAGAUUGCUGCUGGUAGCUUGCACGGACUCCAAGGGGGAAAUGAUGGAGACGCAAGUUAUAAAUAUUGAUGUGCCUAACAGAAAACGGAGGAAAAAGGUGUGCGUGCGUAACAUUGCCCUGAUCAAGCUGUGGGACUUCCUAAUGGGCGUCAUGUCCAAGUCACCCGUACCCUGGAGGCUGGUGGUCGGCCGCUUCGGCCGACUGGGGCAAGGAGAACUCAGGGAUUGGAGCGCAUUGCUCAGUCGGCGGUCGCUGACGACGCAGAGCCGUACCUUGAAGGACAUGUGCAACAUGUGCAACGUGACGGGCAACAACGACUAUCCCUGUAUCCUGAGUGCAUGCUUGGUGUCUAUGGAGCCGGAACCGGGGCUACGCAUCAUGGCAGACUCUGUGGCAGCAGAUAAAUGCAGCAAGAACGCCCAGCGUGACCAACCCUCUUGUCAGCUACACACGCCCGACGAUGCCACCUGCACCCACAUUCAUGUCUUCCCCACCAGCGCUACCAAACAGUUUGCCAGCGGGCCCUACCAGGCCGAGCCCAUGAUGGACCUGUCCUUCACCAACCCGACGGACAACGUGCUCCCGGCCGACGACGACCUCCUGUUCAUCACGGAGGGGCUGGGCAACCAGGACCUGGCUCAGAUCCUGGGGCUGGGCUCCCCGACCAACAUGAACAUGGGCUCACCGGUGCCUUCCCAUAGUGGUCAAUCCCCGGGCGGGCCUAGCUCGCCCGGCGGUCAGCAGAUGAACAUGGCGGUCAACAGCGAGAACAUGAACAAGAACACCAACCAGCAACUCCUUCCGACAGAGCCUGAGGAGUCCCUCCUCCAGCAGCCCCUGGCCAUGGGCUUCUUCGUCUCCACGGCCAAGACCGGCCCGCUGCCUGACUGGUUCUGGUCCUCCUGCCCAGAGGCUGAAAACAAUUGCCCUGUCUUCCUCAAGGCUGCGUUACACUUGCACAACGCCUCUGUGCAGCAGAUGACAGACGACCUGCUGCAGACUAAACACAACCACCCACUCGACUCAAACCUCACUACAGAUGUACUCAGGUAUGUACUGGAGAGCUACAACAGCCUAUCCUGGUUGACGGUGGAUCCGGCCAGUGGGGACCGACGUUCCUGCCUUCCCAUCCACCUUGUAGUCCUCAUGCAGCUGUACAACACCAUCGCUGCGCUGUUCUGACGUCGCUGUCGCAUUGCUAAACCCUUCUUCGUCAAUCAGUGAUCAAACUGUUUUUAUGUGAAACCGGCCAAAAGUUACAGAGAUAACUGUGAGAGCACUGGAACUAAAAAGAUCGAAAAAUCCUUGACUUGAACCAAACUUGGUCGUUAUAUUCCUUGCAUCAGACUUAUGAUGUACUGCAAGCUAACAGAGGACCGUGAAAUCUUAGCCAGUGCCGGAAUUUGGAAGUUUUUUUUUUUUUUUCUGUCCCACAUAUCUUCAAGCUGCAUCAGUAAAUGUUAACCCAAAAAAACUACGCUUGGUGGAUUUUAGUUUGUUCGUUGCUGCAAGCCGUACAUUUUGAGGCCAGUUUUGUGUAAGCUUUGAUGUCAGUUGUCCUUUACACAUGUUUACACAGAGAGAUCCCCCUAUCCCCCGAGUCGACACCCAACAAUUGGACAGGCAUUUGAGUGACAGCACGCCACCUUGAACUGCUAAGAGAAAUGGCACAAUUACUAUCAUGUGAGCUAGGACAUCCUGAUAACGAUGAUAAAAAUGGAGCGAUACUUCAGAUGUUCAUUAUUCAGCUAUAAGCAACCUCCAAAAGGCUUGUGACUUCGCAGUUUGGGUAGUAUAAGCACUGAGAAUCGCGUGAGAAUGGUCCUCAAGACAAUAAUUGCUCUCACCAGAAUUUUUUUUCUCAAUUCGGAGCGAUUCUUCAGAUGUUUAUUCAGCGCUAUCACCUGAGCUCGUGAUUUUUCUCCCCAUUGGUUCAACUGUUUAACCUUUGUUGAGAGAAAAAGUACAAGCGCUAUCACCUGAGUGGAGUCAUCACGAUAACGAUCGAUUUCACAAGAUUGUCUUAAUGAAGAUGGAGCGAUACUUCAGAUGUUCGUUGUUCAGCUAUCAGCCACCACCAAAAGGCUCGCGACUUUGCGGUUUGGUUGUUCAUCUGUCGAUAACAUUUGUUGGGAGAUAUAGUAUAAGCACUAUCGCGUGAGAAUGUUCAAGAAGACAGUUGCUCUCACCCGAUAUUUUUUUCUCAAGUCGGAGCGAUACUUCAGAUGUUCUUUAAGCGCUAUCUUCACAUCGGCUGAACUAUUUAACCUUUGUUGGGAGAAAAAGUACAAGCGCUAUCACGUGAGCGGAGUCAUCACGAUAACGAUCGAUUUCACCGGAUUGGUUUAAUCAAGAUGGAGCGAUACUUCAGAUGUUCGUUAAGCGCUAUCAUCACAUCGGCUGAACUAUUUAACCUUUGUUCAGAUUAAAAGUACAAGCGCUAUCACGUGAGCGGAGUCAUCACGAUAACGAUCGAUUUCACCAGAUUGGUUUAAUCAAGAUGGAGCGAUACUUCAGAUGUUCGUUAAUCAGCCAUCAGCCACCAGCCAAAGGCUCAUGAUUUCGCAGUGUGGGUUAUCCUGCCCUCUAGUGUCGGGACAUGGCCCUACCAACAGGAUGAACCACUCAAGGGGAGGGGUCCAACAUAUUGACGUACAUAUCUGCAGAAGUGCCAAUGGGAGAGUCAAGUGUGACCACUAAAGUCUCGGACAAGCCCCACGUCGCUACUCCAAACCAGCAAAAAGAAACAAACCAAAUCUAAUUUGAAGCCAAACUGAUAUUUCAUGUUGAUUUUCGACAAUCCAAAAAACUAAAGGAAAAAAAAAAACAUGAUAGGAAUGUCUGCUGCCCCCUACUGAUCAUAUCAGGGAAGCCCCCAGUGGAGAAAGAACAGUGUCCAAGGAGUAAUGAAUGGGGGAAAACCCCAAACGCCCACUCACGAUGCACAAUGCCAAUACAAUGUAC